AUGGCUUCUCUUGCAACCAAAGCAAUCCGAACCUCAGUAUUCCAGAGAUCCGCUGGCCUAACGGGACAAUCUUAUUCGCGCAUGGUGACUACUUGUGCAACAUCUUAUACACUCAACACCGGUGCCAAGAUCCCGGCCCUUGGAUUUGGUACAUUCCAAGACCCUGAUUCCCAGGAGGAGACGGUGAGCCAGGCCUUGCAAAAGGGCAUGCGCUUGAUUGAUACAGCCCGGGUGUACAACGUUGAAGAACAAGUCGGGAAGGGAAUCAAGAAGAGUGGUAUUCCUCGCGAAGAGAUCUUUCUCGGCACAAAGUUGUGGUGCAAUGAUUACCACCCCGACGACGUGGAGCGUGCGUUGGAUGAUUCUCUGCGAGACUUGGAUACCCCUUACGUUGAUCUUUUGUUGAUGCACUACCCGUGCACCUUUAAGCGUGGACCCGACCGAUUCCCUCGAGAUGCCGAUGGUAGAAUGAUUCCAGGUGACACCACCUUUGUGGAUACCUGGAGAGCGAUGGAAAAGUUGACGGGGACUGGCAAGGUCAAAGCCAUUGGCGUCUCAAAUUUCUGUCAAAGUGAAAUUGAGGCCUUGAUCAACGAGACUUCGACAGUCCCGGCCGUUCAUCAAAUGGAGGUCCAUCCAUAUUUACAGCAGAAAGGAUUUAACGAAUGGCUACAGUCGAAAGGAAUACAUGUUGUCCAGUUUAGCCCCCUAGGCAAUAUGAAUGAUUUCUACCGACAGACUGGAUGGUCCAAGGAGAUUGCGCACAUGAUGCGGGUGAUCGACCAGCCAGUGUUAAAGGACAUUGGUAAGAAGUAUGGCAAGAGUCCUGUGCAGGUGGUGCUUGCAUGGGGGAUUAACAGCAGCCGUUCUGUUAUCCCCAAAAGUGUUGUCGAUUGGCAGAUUGACGAGAACUUGGCAGCUGAUUUCGAAUUGGAGUCUGAGGACAUGGCGCAGAUUGCGACCCUGGACGCGAAGGCUCGUUUCAAUGAUCCUAGCUUAGACUAUGAGUGGCGUUUGUAUAGCGACUUGGAAGGCAUUGAUGGCACUGUCAGAGGAAGGACUCAUUAG